AUGAAUUAAUAUAAAGAAACAACUACAGAUGAUAUUGUAAACAUAAAUUUAAAUGACGAUGAUUUUUCAUAAUUUUUAUUUAAUAUAAAUUAAUCAAAUAUAAAUAUUUAAUAAUAAUAAUAAUUAUCUAAAGAAACUAUAUAAGAUAAUUUUUAAUCUAUUUUUAUUUAUUCAUGUGAAUCAUUUUUGAAUGAUUAUAAAGAUUUAUAUAGGACUUCUAUUGAUAUAUAAAAUUAUGUUUAAGAAAUAGAUUAAACAAUUAAUAAAAUAGAAGAUUUUUCAUAGAUAAUUAAACAGAUUAAUAGGAAUCAUAUAUAGAAAGUUGAUAAGUUAACGGAAAAAGAAAAUGAACUUUAGAAAAAUUUGGAAAUUCUUGAAAAACUUUUUUAAGAUUCACAUAUUGAUUAGGAUUAAAUUAAAUGCUUACUACAUUAGGAUUUGGUAGAUGAAAAAUUUUUAAAAGCAUUUGAGUCUUUGGAGAACCUUAAAAAUCUAUAUGAUGAAUUAGGCAAGGUUUAGGGCGAAGAUGAGGGUUUAAGGAAAAGUUUAAAGAAAAAUUUUGAGGAAAUUAGGAAUUUGGCAAUGGGUAAAAUGAUAAAAAUGAUACAUUUAAAUGUUCAGAAGAUCCCUUUGGAAAUGUUAGGACAGUUUUAAAAAAUUCUGGAAGAAAACGGAGAAUUUUAUGGGAAGUUUUAAGAUUAAAUGUUGAAGUUUAGAAAAAAUGUUAUAAAAGAAUAAUUAGUUGUUUUAAAUAAUAAAAUUAAUUAUUAAAUGAAUCAAAAAAUAAGUGGAUUUCUUAAUGAAAUGUUUUUAUCUUUUUUUGAUGUUUUAAGAAAAGAAAAAAAUUUUUUAAAAGAUAUAUUUUAAAAUGAUAUGAAUAUAAAAAUAAAAUUUAUUGAAUAAAUUGAUUAAUUAUUUUCUGAAAUUAUAACGAGAGUAGAAAGAUCACUAAUUGUAGAAAAAGACUUUUAUUAAAUGUUUUAAAUUAGAGAAUGCUUAGAAAAUAAUAAAAUGAGGUUUUCAAGCAAUUUAUUUAUGGUUUUAAAUGAAGAAAAUAAUGAUAAUAAAAAUACUAAUAAAUAAAUGAUUUUUUAGAGUAUUUCUAUAAUUUAGAAGCUUGUUUAAUUAUCAAAUUAAUUAAUUAAAUAUAAUUUAGAAAACGAGACUUAAAUUUUACUUAAUACUAAGUUUGAUAUAUAAAGGAUUGCAGCUUAUUAAUGUAUUGUCGAUUUUGUUGAUAAGGUGUUAAAGAUAUUCGAAAAUACGUUAAAAGAUGAUUAAAAAUGCUAGUUUUUGUAAAUAAAAUUUUUCCUUUUACCUUUAGAUUAGCUUGUGGAGUAAAAAAUAAGCAAGAAAUCUAUACCAGCGUGUAUUUUUGGGAUUAAUAUAUAUGUUUAUUUAAUAUAGGAGCUUAGUAUAUAUAAAGAAUAUUCAAAAGAAUUGGAUGAAAAGUUAUAAUAAUAUGAAGUUUUUAUUAAAGAUUUUAUUAAUUAUAUUGAAAAGUAGAAUUUUCAGGAAAUUAUUAAAUUAGGAAAAAUGGAGAAUUUCAAGAAUCUUAUAAAUGAAAGAAUUUCGAAAAAAGAGUAAGAAUUACUAAAAAAUAAUGGGAAAAAAGCUUUUAGUUUUAUACUUAAUUUAUAUACAAAUAUUACAAAAAACAUUUAUCUUAUUCAUGAUGAAUAGACUAGAUUUAGUUUAAAAAAAUAAGUAAUUGAGUAUAUAAGUAAUUACUAUGAGGUAAUUUAUAAUGAAUUACUUGAAUAUAUUUAGGCUUUUUGUCCUGAAUGUAAUAUUGAUAUAAAAGCUUUAUGUACUCAUUUUAAAAUUAAUCUUAGUGAUUAUAUUAAUGAUUAAAAUCUCGAUUAAAUAAAACUUUUUAAUACUUUAGAAUAUAAAGAAUUUAUUAAUAAAUAUGAUUGA